AUGAGUGUUGGAUAGGUUCAUCCUAGUUGCUCAUCUCCGAUUGAUACCAAGGAUUAUAAAACAGGAUUAGAUUCACUCAAACUAUUUAAUACAAUAAGAUAGAGUAGACAUACAUCAAAAGAAACCACUCUCAUUAUCUCACCUAAACAUGGAAUAAGCAAUCGCGCAUUCUUAACUCCAAAACGUAGUUAGUUUACUAGUUAAGAUUAAAUUGUUGAGGAAGAUGAUUAUUUUAGAGAUCGAAGAGCAAAAAGAAAAUUUGAUACUGCAUCCCGAAAAUUAAUGAUCCUAUUGAACUUCUUUAGACAUAUAAAUCAAACAAAAGACACAGAUAAAACAUCAUAGAUUAAAUAAAUUCACAAGAAACGAAAAAAGCUGCCGUUCUAUCCAAAUUAGUUGCAAAUUUGGAAAUAAUUUAUGUCAGUGCAAACAUUAAUUACUUUGAUGUUGUAUCCAAUCUACAUCAGUCUCUCAGACUAUAAGAGUUUAGAUGUUUUGACCAUUCUUAUUUUGAUUUUGGAUAGUUUAUAUUUGGUUGACAUCAUUCUAAAAUAAGUUACAUGUCAAAUCGAUAAAAAUCAUAAUUUAAUCGAUACCUUCUAGGCCAUAUUCCUAUUUAAUCUGCAAAGAUGGCUCAUAUUCGACAUCCUCAGUAUCAUCCCAUAUAAGUUAUUUGUUAAUGAUUUUACAGAUUAAUUAUGCUUAAAUCUCUUAAAAUUACUGAGAUUUAUUAAGUAUUUCAGCUACAACGAAAGGUAAAUCUACUAAGAGGCCUAAACAUCCUAAGACUAAUCAUAAUAUUUCGAGAGAUUAUUUUAACUCGAUGGGAAAUUGUUGAGUAUUUUAAAGAUAUUCAAAAAUAUGCUCAUCUUAAUCAGUCUUUUUGGAUGUUUGUUUCAUUCUGUUUUAUUAUACGAUGGAAUUUCAUAAUAAGAAGACAGUUCGAAAAUCUAUAUUCAAGGAUUGUAUUGGGCUAUUCAAACUGUUACAGUCAUUGGCUACGGGGAUGUACCUAUGACAACCUCAACAUAAUAUAAUUUAACAAUCAUUUGGAUAUUCUUGGGAGUUGGGUUCUAUUCCAUGACUAUCGGCAACUUAGCUGCAAUUUUGGAAUAGCAAUCUGCAAACGAAGGCUUUGAUGAAGAUUUAGAGGCCCUGGAGACUCUGAUGUCUCAAAUCCUCAUACCAGAGGAAUUAAGUGCUUAACUAUUCUCCUAUUAUUAUUAUAAUAUUGAAAACAAUCCAUUUUGGAAUUACAAGAAAAUCAUUGAAACCUUGCCAUCUCAACUUAAAGUAUUUGCCAUUGCAUUUUGUCAAAAACAACUAAUCGAAAAUGUCAACAUCUUCUCUUUUGAUAUCAACUUUGCUGCUGCCAUCCUACCUUAUUUUUCUAUUUACUGUUUCAAACAGUAUGAAACUGUAUAUUUCAAUGGAUCUCCUAGUCUUGAAGUCUAUUUCUUAGUGGCUGGAGAGAUCCGUCUAUGUGAUAAGGAUGGCAACACACUUCUUAAUAUCAAAGAAGGUUAUAUUUUUGGGGAAAUUGAAAUACUAGAGGAUACCUAUAGAAAAUAAGCAGCAAUCGCCAGUAAGGACUCUGUUGUUAUUAUGUGUCCUGUAUUUUAAUUCUUACAAUUAGUUUAAGAUGAUGAAAAAUUGCUCUUUGAAAUUGAGUAAUUAGGAUUAAGAAGAAGACUUUUAUUGCAGGAAAGCAUUUCCAAAAUUAAAAAAAGUGCAAAAUAAAUAAAAAGGAUAAGUGCAUUAGAUGGGUAAUUAAUGAAUUAGUAUGUUACAAAAAAGUAACUAUUAGAGAGACAAUUUAAAAGAAGUAUUAUUAAGGAUUCCUAUCAAUAAAUACAUAAAAAAUUGAUUAGAUUCAUUUUUGGACUGAAAUAAGAGAAAAAAUGGAAAUAUCAGGCUAUAUUUAAAAUGGCUGUCAGGAAAAUCAUAGAUCAUAGGAAAUAAGCCUUAUUAUUAUCGAGAAAACACAGUAUGGUAUUGGGUAAGUAAAUGCUUUAAAACUUUGCUCAAGUAAGAGAAGAUGAAAAAAAUCUUCAGAAGAAAAUUUUGAAUAAUAAAAAGAGUGGAAAAUAUUAAAAAAGAGUGAAAAUUAAAGAUAUCUUAAAUCAUCAUAGAUAAAGUCGAAUAGCACCAUUGUUAAUCACGCCUUCCCCAUAUUAUGAGGAAAUUAUCAGUGAAGUUAAGGAAGAAAAAUAAUUAUUUAAACAAAAACAAAAUUUUAUUGUCGAGUUAUCUAACAAACUUAUUAAAAUAAAUUUAACUGGAUAAUUAAAAAUAUUUAAUACCUUAUAUGAAGAACUAAUGAAAAGCAUUGAUUACUUAGAUGAGAUUUAGUAUCAAACUAAUUAAUCUGUAGAAGAAAUGGAACUAAUAUACUAUUAAAUAUCUUCAUUGAUUAUAUCUAUUUUUUGA